AUGCAUCUCAUCCUCACCGGCGCGACCGGCCUCGUCGGCUCGGGCGUCCUCGACGCCAUGAUCAAGAUGAAGGACGUCACAAAAAUAUCCAUCCUCAGCAGGAGACCGAUCCCCAUGGCCGACGACGCCAAAGACCCUCGCAUCAACGUCAUCAUCCACAAGGACUUUGAAAGGUACGACCCGGAGCUGCUCGACAAGCUCAGGGGCGCCAACGGUGCCGUGUGGGCGCUGGGCAUCAGCCAGAACAAGGUCAGCAAGGAGGACUACGUCAAAAUCACAAAGGACUACGCCCUCGAAGCAGCAAAGGCCUUCGCCGACCUGCCACCAAAGGACGAGCCCUUCCGCUUCGUCUACGUCUCGGGCGAGGGCGCGACCCAGCAGCCGGGCCGCUUCAGCGCCAUCUUCGCCCGCGUCAAGGGCGAGACGGAGACGCUCCUCUCCGAGAUGCGCGCCGCGAACCCGCGCCUGCGCGCCGAGUCCGUCCGCCCGGCCUUUGUCGACCGCGCCCACCACGACGCCAUCAAGCCCUACGCGCCGAACCCGGGCGUGCUGUACAACCUGAUGAACGCCUACCUGGGCCCGCUGACGAGGACGUUCCUCCCUUCGUUCGUCAGCCCGACCGAGGUGCUGGGGAGGUUCAUGACGGAAAUGGCCAUGGGUAAGUUCGACGACGGGCUGGCGGCCGGUGGGAAAGGGGUCAUUACGCUGAAUGGCGGGCUGAGGAUCGUGGAGAACGUUGGAUUCAGGAGGUUGGCCGGUUUGCCAUAG